CCCGGCCUCACUUGUGCUCUCUGCUGCUUCUCCUCUUGCUUGAACGCCUCCUGUAGAACCCGAUCCAGGCAAAGGAGCCAAGCGCCUCCGUCCCGGCCGCCGCCGCUUGGGAUCGGAAUCACCCAUGGCGGACAAGGUGAGCAAGCCUGCAGCUCCGUUGGAGGUGUCCAUGGAGAAGGAACCAUCGUCUCCGCUGCCUGUUCCGUCCAUGGACGACAAGAAGCAGCCUCCUCUGUUGGCCAUGGCCGUGGUCCUGGACGUGAAGCUUUCUCCUCCAACGCCGGCGUCCAUGGACAAGAAGGAGAAGCCUCCGGCCGUCCUGUUUGUCUGCCUGUGGGCGCUCGCCAACGCCAUCUCCUUCGCCGUCAACGCCGUCGCCAUGCUGAUCAUGAACCGCAACCCCUGCACCAAGUCGACGUGGUGGUUCCGGUGCGCGGAGGUGACCCACGCGGCGGCGGCGGAGGCGACCGCCCUGUGGCGCGGGCAGCUGUGGUGCGGCGCGCCCCAGACGGCCGCCGCGGCGCUGGCGCUGGUGGUCACGGGCCGGGGCCGGCGCCGGAGCCGCUGGGCCGUGGCCCUGGCCUUCUUGGCGCUCGUGGCCACCGCCGCCGGCCACUACAUGGAAGGCAGGGUGGACCGCAUCUUCCUCGCCGCCGCACCGGGGGACGCGUACAUCACCGCCGACGUCGUUGGGAGCUUCUUUCUAGUGGUGCUGGACCUGCUCGGCUUCCUCUGCCUCCUCAUCCAGCUCGGCGACGGAGGAGAGGAGUAGCCCCAGUCCGGGCCGGGGAAGCAUGAUGCCUUGCAACUUGCAAGCGUACCUAGAUUAGAGCUAGCUGCUCGAUCGUAUCGAUCUCUGGAAGCUCCGUCAUGGAUGAGCUCAAUAAAAUUAAGGGACUUGCUUGCUCAUGAGGUACCGAUUGUGAUCAGUCCAGUCUCCAGUGUCGUAGACUCAUAGUACGUCGUCGUGUGGAGUAGAAUAAUGUGUACUGGUCUGAGAUUGUAUUCACCAGUACUAAUAAGCUGCCAUGUACAGACGUACUCUGUAUGGAACCUGCAUUUGGCAGCUUAAUAAGUGAGUAUUAGGCUAAAGAUCUUCGAUAA